CUCUCUCUCUCUCUAUGUCUCACGCACGCACGGAGCAGUGGUUAAAAAAUGCCGUUAUCCAUUACUGCAAUUACUUCGAAGGUUUUGAUUGCUUUUCCUUCUCUUCCAACUUCAAAGAUUGUUAAGCCCUGUACUUUUCCAUUGAAGAAUGAUGGGAAUAUUGCUCAUCCAAGAGCCAACGCAUUCAUGGCGUCUAGAAGUCUCAAAUUCGUGGCUAAUUCGGUUUUUGGGGAUGGCAGUGUCUUGGUUGCUUUUAAUGUGCCAUUUCCUAGUGAUUAUUCUGAGCUUCUUGACCAAGCCAGAAAUGCAAUUGAAUUGGCUUUGAAGGAUAACAGACAGUUGAUGGUGAGUUAGAGCUUGGAAAUUCUCCCAUGACAGAAAAAUGAAGAGUUUAAUGUAAAUUUUAGGAUUAUUAGCAUUUGUGACCAAAAAGUAUCCAUUACAGGAGAUUGAAUUCCCAACGGCUGGACUUGAAUCUGUACCAGGUCCUCUCCAUUUUCCUUCUGAUUACAACCCUAUCAAAACUCAAUCACUUGCCCCUUUCCUCCACGUCCCAUCACGGACCACCAUUGUCUUGCCUUUUCCUC